CCCUUCUGUACUUCCCAAUUCGGCUCGGGGAGAAGUGCGGUGGACUCGUCGAGGUGGUCGGCUUCCUUCGUUUCUUCGUUAUUGUUGCUCGGAUCUCCUUGUUCGUUCGAGUACUUCGAUUGAUUUCUCAGUAUGCUUGACGACUGUGUCUGUUCUAAGUGGGUUCCUUCUAGGACUUGGAUCCGGACCUCUUAAUUUUAAACUGAAGUUGUCAGCACUCAGCAUUGUUUUGGACCUCUUGUAGCUGUCAAAGUGGAGGGCGUUAAGUGCAGGGUGUUUUUUAUGUCUGAACGCGAUUCUUUCUACUUGGGAUCGAUUGGGUUACUUGGAGAAUAUUGCCCUACAUCCAGAAAAAAGUACAUAUGCUCUUUGGAAAGAGCCAGUUGUCUGCAUCUUGAGCCUUUUCGAGAGACUACACUUCUAGGAAGUUGCAGCUGGGAGCAACUUUUCUUUAUAGUGACAGGUUAUUGGGGCAUUGAACAAAAAAGAUUCUUAGUGCCUGCUUCUAUUGUCUGAUAUUACUGUUAAAGAGUGCCACUUUAUCAUAUUUCCUUGGGCAAACAUGGCUUUGCAGAAUAUCGGCGCUUCAAACAGCGAUGAUGCUUUCUAUCGGUAUAAGAUGCCAAAGAUGAUAACCAAAAUAGAAGGUCGUGGGAAUGGCAUCAAGACAAACGUAGUGAACAUGGUGGACAUUGCAAAGGCCUUGCACAGACCAGCCACCUACACGACAAAGUACUUUGGCUGUGAGCUUGGUGCCCAAUCCAAGUUUGAUGAGAAAACUUGCACUUCACUUGUUAAUGGAGCUCACGACACUGCCAAAUUAGCAGGGCUUCUAGAGAACUUCAUCAAGAAGUAUGUGCAGUGCUAUGGAUGUGGUAAUCCUGAGACUGAAAUAAUAAUCACAAAAACCCAGAUGAUCACCCUCAAAUGUGCUGCUUGUGGUUUUGUGUCUGAUGUAGACAUGAGGGACAAGCUCACUACUUUUAUCCUGAAGAACCCACCAGAACAGAAAAAGGCAUCAAAAGACAAGAAGGGAAUGAGACGAGCAGAGAAGGAAAGACUCAAGGAAGGGGAAGCUGCUGAUGAGGAACUGAAGAAGCUGAAGAAAGAGACAAAGAAGAAGGGUACUGUAUCAUCUAAAGAUGGAGCAAGUUCUAAACGUGUUGCUUCUAAGAAGAAGCCAACAGGCUCAGAUGAGGAACGCUCCUCCCCACCUGAUAGUCAGGCUGAUGACAAUGAGGUAGCUGAUGAUAAUGAUGAUGAUGGUGUGCAGUGGCAGACUGACACAUCUGCUGAAGCAGCUCGCCAGCGCAUACAGGAACAACUGAAUGCUGUUACUGCUGAAAUGGUGAUGCUUUCCACUGGUAAUGUGCCUGACGAGGAAGAGAAGAAAGUAAAUCAAGAGAAGAAAGAGGAAGCUCCAAAAAUUGGACCUGAAGUAGUGGAGAAGCCUAGCACUCAUAACCAGUUAAUUAUUGAAAUCAAAGCUAUGCUGAAGAAGGGGUCCAAACCUAGCGAGCUUAGCUCGUCUCUGCCUGGGUCCCAUCAAGAGAUAAUGAAUGCACUAUUCGAAGCCCUCUUUGAAGGUGAAGGUGCAGGUAAAGGGUUCGCAAAAGAGGUUGACAAGAAGAAAAAGUACCUUGCAGCUGCAGUGCAGGAUGAGGAAUCUCAGAUGUGUCUGCUGCGGGCUAUGGAAGCAUUCUGUGGGAAGUUUGGUGGGGAUGCAGUGAAGGAAGUUGCUCUGGCGGCUAAAUCUCUUUACGAUGGAGAUGUAUUGGAGGAAGAGUGCAUAAUGAAGUGGUACAAAGAAGGUCUGACCGGUGCCAGUAAGAGCUCCGCAGUUUGGAAGAAUAUUAAGCCUUUCAUAGAAUGGCUUCAGAAUGCCGAGUCAGAGUCAGAGGACGAGUGAUAAAGUGUCCUCUUCUGCUUAGUAUUGAUAAUCAUCUCAAGGAUGAUACCGAUGUUGGGCUUAUUACCUUUGAAAGCAGUAUGUAGUUGUGUGAUGGCUAUUUCAUGAAUUUGGAGUCUUAAACUUGGUAAUGCUUAGUUAUUACUGUGUUUCUGGUGUGCAGACUUGGUUCGUGUCGAAAUAAAGAACUUGUAUUUUCGUUGUUCCA